AUGGCGGCACUGACGCGGUUUGCCCGGGUGCUCGAGUCGCUCCAGCAGUCAGGGGACACCUCCGGCGACGUGUUUGUCGCGGUACGCCAGUUCCGUGAGGCCACCGCCGAGUUGACCCGCAAGGCGUCGCAGACACAACCAUCGCAAGUACACAACUGGGAGGAGGAAACGACACUAUGGGACUUGAUCAACGUGUUGUACGAGUUCCGGUUUCGCCUUGAAACGGGCGACCUCCAGCCGUACCCUGAGUUUCCAUACACAGCCCUCCGAUUGAAACAAGAAAACUACAUGUUGGCCCACCCCGAGCUCAAGGAGCUUGAGAUCGUGAUUCACUGGCUCCAGCGUACCAUUGCCUCCACCUUCAACGAUGAUGAAACUGACGCUGACUCCUCAGUUUUGAAGGGAGAGAAGUGGCAGGCCACCGCCGCCGAAGUGGGCAAUCUGCUCAAUUUCAACUUUAUUGACCACUUGGACGUCGACGCGCCCAUCCGCACCAAUAAGUUGAUCCACCCUGCCGACGAAGAACGCGAUAGCUCGGUGUUUAGGCUGAUCUACCGGCUAGUGCUUGCCGGUAACUACGAGGAGGCGAGUGUCGUCGCUAACGAUACCGGCAACUUUGCCCUUGCCCUUAUCCUUGUCGGGGCUCUGAACGAGUACCACGACCCUGAGAUCGACGGCGAUGUCGCCGUGGAAGUGCCAAAACUGGCGCUGGGUGUGAAGGAUAAGUUGACGUGGAAACGUACUACUUAUGAGUUGUCACGCCUGCCGGGCCUUAAUCGUUAUGAACGGAUGAUCUACUCGGCGCUUGUUGGUGGCGAUAUCACCGAGAAUAUUGACGAAGCCCAGGGGUCGUGGGAACAGACGCUUUUACUAUAUUGCUUGCAAUUAUUGGCCUACCGUCUCGAGCAGUUCUGGAUCGAAGCUACGGGGGCUAACGUCGAACCGUGUACUCCCCCACCUCAAUUUAGCAACAUUUCCCAGAUCAUCCAGACCCUUACCGACAUGCUGAACGAGCUCAACCAGGCGUCGCAGGACGGCCACCGCGUGCUCUUUGCCUCCGUCAUCCAAGGGUACGAGCUCAAUUUGUUUGCCGACACCGCCAAUCACACCGACCGUCUCGCCCUGCUGUAUCUCCGCAUCGUCACCCACAUGGCCAUCGUCUACCAGCAGUUAUUCGGCACUGAAAAUGACGACGACGCCGCCUAUAUCCACCAAACCACCACCAACCUCAUUGACGCUUACACCGCUCGCUUACACCGCGACCAGUUGGAUAAUUGCGUCGUCAUCUACUACAGUUUCGUCACCGACGAGACUCAGCGGCGUGAGCUUUUGCUGAGGUUUUUAUCGCAAGUCCCCGCCAACGAACGGCAGCCGCUUUUACGCAAGUGGCAGGAUAUCUUGGCGGAUAUGUCGCUUCACCCUGGCGAACAGGAAAUGGCGCAAACGGAGAACGUCAUCCACCACAUGGCGCAGAGCGCUUUGGACGAAACCAAGGCGUACUACCAGCCCGAAGAGCAGUUCCAGUUGGACGACCUGGCCUACGACGACGAAGACGCCCGGCUAAUAUCGGCGGUGGACUCGUACUACGUCAACGGCAUGUACUACCAUUUUAUCAAUGCCAGUCUCCACGUGAUCCGUCGGUUUUUGAGCGUGGGCAAGAUUGCUGCCUUUGCCCAUUUCGCUGAGUCCACCGACAAAAACCUUAAUAAGAUUCUCAAAGAGUACGACCGGCAAACCAUUGGCGAGGAAGGUGAAGACGUGCUUGACCACGCCCAGCGCGACGAGUUUGAACAGUAUAUCCACUUAGCUGAUGGUCUCCGGUUCAUUCGUCAAUUUGACGAUUUUGCUGCCAAAAAGGCUUGGAACAGCGGCCACGACGCCGGCAAUGGCGACGCCGUCGAGCACUCGAUUGAGAAAGUGACGCUGACGCUUACACGUUUGAUCCAAACGUGGUUCCGUAAAGGGUCCGUCACCGGAGCCUCCAAGGAGGCUAACCAAUUAUUCAAGAGUUUCCGCCAUACGUUCGUGCCCUACCUCAUCAUCCGCUUGCUUGUGAUCUUCGUCACUGCUCGUGAGAAGGACUGGCGCUACAUGGCGCGGGCCUUCGAUUUGAUCGACAGCGUUGCCGACGAUAGCAACGACUACCUUGAGUGUUUCAAGCAGGGCGGGCUGUUGCCAAAUUUCAUGGCUCAGGUGAGCGAGGUGGCGACGAUUGCCCUUGAGCGUGGCGUCAACGGCCUCUUCCCUGCCAGAGGUUAA